GUGCUUUCUUUAUUUGGAUGUGUUUAGUAGGGGGGAAAUGUUUUAAAUUGUAGAGAAAUUGGGGGUUUUUGGCUCUUAAUCCUUUGCCUUUACUCCAUGUAACCAGUCCUUGGAGUUACUAAUUAGUGAAGGCCACAUUUUCUCCACCAUUGACAAGCAUUUCUGGUCCACUACGGGCUAGAGAAUGUCUUCUGUUGUUUCAGGUCCACUUACAUGAAUGGCUAUUGGAAUUUGUUUAAUAAAACAGAACAUUUUGGUUUAUCAACAUGCAUGACUGAUACUUGUGAUGGGACCAGUUCUUUAGAAUGUAUUUGUUUAUUUAUUAUUUACACUCAAAUAGGGAGAUUUUGGGAAAUGUGUUAACUGCCCUUGUUUUAUUUUGUUUGAGGUCCUCAAUGGUAUGUGACAGCUGAUGCACAGUGUAAAAUGUUGAUUGGCUAAACGAACACAUGCAAUGAAAAUAAAUCAUUUUACUGUCUUGAUUAGUAAAAUAAUCAACAACAUGGUGACAAACUUCCACAAUUUUAUCUAAACUUCAAAAUAACAGUAGGCUAAUUUUCAAUAAAGUAUUUCAUCAUAAACUACGAUACCCAGCUUUCUACAGACUAACCUGAAGUCCUCACUUUCCCAGCAUUCACUAGUGCACGGUGUAAGAUGGCAGCAAACUCAAGCACUAACACGCCUCUUUUUGACUGCCCGUCAUGGGCAGGGAAACCUCCCCCUGGACUUCAUCUAGAUGUUGUGAAGGGAGACAAGCUAGUAGAGAAGCUAAUCAUUGACGAGAAGAAAUAUUAUCUGUUUGGGCGGAAUCCAGACGUGUGUGACUUCACCAUAGACCACCAGUCGUGUUCGCGUGUCCACUCAGCCCUGGUCUACCACAGACACCUCAAGAGGGUUUUCCUGAUCGACCUCAACAGCACUCAUGGUACAUUUCUCGGUCAUAUCCGUCUGGAGCCCCACAAGCCCCAGCAGGUGCCCAUCGACUCCACUAUGUCGUUCGGGGCGUCCACACGGGUCUACACCCUGAGAGAGAAGCCCCAGCCCCAGAUCAGCACCAUACCUGGGGGAGAGGUGAAGGCAGGGGAGGAUGAGGAGCUCAAAGGACUACUGGGUCUACCUGAGGAGGAGACCGAGCUGGAGAACCUGACAGAGUUCAACACGGCCCACAACAAGCGUAUCUCCACCCUGACCAUUGAGGAUGGAAACCUGGACAUCGUGAGGCCCAAGAGGAAGAGGAGGAGCAGCAGGGUCUCCUUCAGCGAGGAGGAGGAGGUCAUCAACCCAGAGGACGUGGACCCGUCAGUAGGGCGCUUCAGGAACAUGGUACAGACUGCUGUUGUCCCUAUCAAGAAGAGGAAGAUGGAGGGUCACGUUUCACUAGGUCUGGAGGACUCUGUGGCCAGACGCAUGCAGAACUUCCCCUUCAGUGGAGGGCUCUAUGGAGACCUCCCACCCACCAGUGGAGAGGCCGGCUCCCUCCCCGCCGCGGCCCAGGCUGGAGCUACUAUCCUGGGGGGCCUGCCGCUGGUCUUCCCUAACCCUGCUCCAGAGGUGGACCUCUCCCCCACCUCAGCCUCAGCACAGACCUCCGUCACCCUCAACCCUGCUGCUAACCCUGCCCCUGGACCAUACACGGCCGAGGCGCUCAACGAACCACGCAAGAAGAAAUACGCCAAGGAGGCGUGGCCAGGGAAGAAGCCCACGCCUUCUCUUCUGAUAUAGGUCGUAUUCAAAAUGGCACCCUAUUUCCCUUAGUGCACUACAAAGUUAAUGCACUAUAUAAGGAAUAGUGUGCCAUUUCAAAUUUGCACAUAGCACCUCCCUGGACAAUGUAAUGGGAGGGGUUAGUAUUAGUUAGGAGAGUGGUUACAUCUCUGAACAACCAAUCAAUCAAAACUUCCUGUACUGUACAAGCUGUGACAAAGGGAUAUAUAAGCAACCCUGAUAUAGGGAAACGUUUGUAAAAGAUAAUAUAUUAUUAUGGUUUGGAUGGUUUUUUGUUGUUGGUCUGUCUGAUUCAAAUGUAUAUUAUAACAUGUUUUGUUUUUUAUUGCUCAUCUCACUUGUACUGACAAAGUAGUGUCUGUCUGAGCUCAGAUUAGGCUUCUUGAAGCUUAUCAUACGACUUACUGUAACAGAUUGGUGCAUAUGAACCAUUUGUUUUACAGGUUUAUUUAUUCUAAACUAAAUGAAACACCGCUCUGUUACAAAAACAAUCUUAUACAUUUGCUAUUCACUCUGAAUUUGUGGAUAUUUUAAGUGCCGUUGGUUUCACUGAAAACCAUGUUACUGUCAAGACAGGGUAAAGUUAACCAGACAAAGUCCAAUAGACAUUUUAGUAAUCCACUCAGACAAGGCUAUGAACCGAGGGUCAAAAUUGUCUUUAAAGAAAUUAGGAAGAAACAAACCAGUUUUUGUGUGAGACAGUCGUUAUGUUUUUGCUAUUUUUAUACAAUUAUUCGACAGUUGGUUGAAAUGGAACCCAUUAUUGGCAGAUAUGUAUGAAAUUCAGUUAAAAAAUAAAUAAUUUUUUAACCUUUA